AUGGCCACCACGCAAAAGGUGCAAGAGCCAGUAUGCCAUAGUAUUCGUGAUUCUCAACAGAUGGUGUGGUCCCUGAACGAAAACCUUUCUUUAAUCGCAGUUUAUUCCACCAACAGUGUCACACCUGUCACUAUUUGCUCAGUACCAUGCACGGACCCAAAAGUCCAUGAUGAAAAAAAAGGCAUUCCAAUAUACAUGGGAAUCAAGGGCAAAGAUCUCUGUCUGUUCUGUGCAGAAGCUGGGGGCAAGCCUACUCUGCAGCUUAAGGAGACAAAUGUAAUGGACCUGUACAAGUCGGACAAAGCACAGGAGCCCUUCCUCUUCCUGCGCAACAUAGAGGGCUCCACGUCCAGCUUCCAGUCCUUCACCUACCCCGGCUGGUUCAUAGCCACUGCCUCCGAAGAGGGACAGCCCGUCACCCUCACCAAUGAGAGGGGCAAAACUUACAACACUAACUUCUAUUUCGAUCCUGAGCAGCAUAUGCCUUGUAACCGCACCAACCAUCCCUCUCUCCCUGUUCUGGGACACGUGGGGAAGGACACUUGCAGGGACCUGCUUGGCACUCACCCAUGCGCAAACCUGGAAGUAAGAGGGAGCUGCUCCAGGGGAAACCUUCACCAGUGGGGGAUGGGAAGGCUUUUCUUCUCUGGCUCCUACUCCUGUGACGUCAAAAGUUGA